ACGAGAGCCGGCGCCGCCUGACGUUGCUCAUCGCCCCUCAUCGCCCUCGCUCCUCCCGAACCGCCAGGACUCGGCAGCAACCAGACCCGCCACACGAUCGCCAUGGCCUGCGCCGCAUCCUUGUUCGCCGCCGUGCCGCUGGCCGCCCCCGUCGUCAUCUUCAAGCUCACGUCCGACUUCAAGGAGGACCCGAGCCCGCACAAGGUCAACCUGGGAGUCGGAGCUUAUCGCACUGAUGAAGGGAAGCCCUGGGUGUUACCUGUUGUGAGGAAGGUGGAAAAAUGCCUUGCCAAUAAUGAGAGUCUUAAUCAUGAAUAUGUACCCAUUUUGGGUAUUCCAGAAUUCACCCAGAGUGCUUGUGAAAUAAUUCUUGGAGCAGAUAGCCCUGCUAUUUCAGGCCACAGGAAGGGUGGCGUACAAUGUCUGGGAGGAACUGGUGCUCUUCGUUUGGGAGCUGAAUUUCUACGUGCAUGGUACAAUGGAACUAAUAACUCAGCAACACCAGUAUAUGUCUCUGCACCGACCUGGGGAAACCACAAUGGAGUGUUUGGUACUGCUGGCUUCACCGAUAUUCGCAGCUAUCGUUACUGGGACCCAGCCAAGCGUGGUCUACAUCUACAAGGACUUCUGGAUGAUAUGGAGAAUGCUCCAGAAUAUUCGAUUAUGAUCUUGCAUGCGUGCGCACACAAUCCAACCGGUACUGACCCAACUCCAGAGGAAUGGAAGAAGAUCGCUGAAGUCAUGAAGAAAAAGUCCCUCUUCCCGUUCUUUGAUUCAGCCUAUCAGGGCUUUGCAUCUGGAGACUUGGAUAAAGAUGCUUGGGCUGUUCGUUACUUUGUAAGCCAAGGUUUUGAGCUUUUCUGCGCCCAAUCCUUUUCUAAGAAUUUUGGAUUAUACAAUGAGCGAGUUGGAAACCUGUGCAUCGUGGCCAAGGACACCGACAACGUGAACAGGAUUCGGUCGCAGAUGGAGAAGAUAGCCCGGACAGUAUGGUCAAACCCUCCCGCUCAAGGGGCUCGAAUUGUAGCCGCUACACUUAAUGACUCUGCUCUCUUUGCAGAAUGGGCAAGUAAUGUGAAGACUAUGGCUGACCGCGUAUUGCUGAUGAGAGCGCUGCUAAGGGAAAAACUGGAGAAACUGGGAACUCCCGGCACUUGGGAUCACAUCACCCAACAGAUCGGAAUGUUCAGCUUCACGGGACUGAACCCUUCUCAGGUUGAAUACAUGGUCAAGAAGAAACACAUCUAUCUUUUGGGCAACGGUCGUAUCAAUAUGUGCGGCCUGACCACUUCUAACUUGGAUUACGUGGCAGAAUCCAUCAAAGAAGCAGCAACAGGCAGCCAGUGCCAGUAAACAAGAACUCCCCUCCAAAGUGAUCUGUCGACUUGACUGUGUGUAUGUGAUAGCGGGUGGUUUUUGUUUGGUGUUGCAAACUCUCGCACUCCCAAUACAUAAUUUUAUAUAUUGGAACAGAGAAGUUCUGAGAUUAUGGUUUAGAGAAAGAAAUGAGAAACGCUCAUUUAACUUAGUUCCCGGUUCAGCAUCCAGCCUUGAUGUUUGAUUUUGUCUUCACAAUUAUUGUGACAUUCAUUUUUAAAGUUGUUUAAAAAAAAAAGCUGUAACUGAGCAUCAAAUGUUAUCCGAGGAUUUUAAUGUGAAAGGUAGUUGAUGGCUGGCGAGUUCAUAAACAUUGUGAAUAUCUGGAAAUGUGUGUGGUUUUCCCCCCCCAUGUUUUGAAGUUAGUUACUCUAGAUUGCUUCACAUUUUUGUUAAAUCUUCCUUUCUGUAUGUAAAAAAAAUCCUUAAAACACAAUGUAUUUUACUUUCCUGUAACCAAAGGAAACCCUUCGAAAAAUUAGAUGCGUGAAAACCAUUUUAAUGGGCUUUUAAUUUCUUAACAUUUUAAAUUGGAGUUAUGCUCUUUCAAGUUUAUAACAGGAGUGAUGAUGAGAUGGGGGGAAAUGGAGGUUUGAAUGGGAUAAUCCGGUGAGAAUGAAGUUUUAGCCCACAACUUUGUUCCUGCGAACUUAGUUUAAGCAAAUGACCUGCUUUAAGUUAGGUUUUAGUGUCAGUCUUCCAGUUCCGUCUGGUGCUGUGUGUUAGGAUAUUCAACGGCAUGUAAUCAUUUAAGAUGCAACUGUAGAAUUAAUUCUAAUCCAUUAUCUUGUCGGUCUUUUUUUAUCAUGAAUGAGUGUUCUCAGACCAAGUGUGUUGUCAGUGAGCACGCCGCAAUCUUAGAGAUGGCAAACUUGACCUGUGUGAGGACCUGUGUGAGGUGACUAUUUUGCACAUCAUCAUCCAAUGUUAAAUUGUCUGAUGGGCUAAUCGCUCAUUUCUUCAAAUUGUUUCUUAUAGAAUUGUUUCUUAUACUCUCAUAGAAGCAAAGUUUAAUAAAUAAGAUUAACACCUCAGGGAGAGAAUUAAUUCCAUCCAGGUUUUAUUUGGUUAUUGUUUGAUUGAGUUGCCAUAAUUAUUCAGCCAUCUUGAGGGCUUAGAUUGAUGCAGUUCUGACUAAUGUUUUAACUAUUGUGACUGAAAGAUGGGUCGAGAAUGAUUAACUUGUUUUUAAUUUAGAUUGAAGCUGUUUCCGUUAUGUAGUGAGGGCAUUAAGAUGUUGAAGAUAGCGUUACAUCUGAGUCGGAUAAUCCUGAACCGUUACAAAUUAAUUACAGAGAAUACAAGACAGCUUUAGUCUGGGAAUGGUACUUACAAUUCACAAUGUUAAUUGUCUUAAACCCUCUCCUGUAAAGCACUUUCAAAACAAUUACCAUACUGAUUAGUUAUUUUACUUAGCAGAAAAUAAAAGGCAAUGGACUGACAGUAGAGUUAUUAAAUGUAACCAGCAAAUGAAUGUAACCAGAUUAGAGUUGACUUUAUACCAAUAUGUCACUUACAAUGGCAGUUUCCAUAGGGAAUAUUAUCAAUAGUGGAAUUUAUAAUAAUUCCUUCAAAAUUAAUUUGGGGGGGGGGAAAAAGAAAAAAAAUGUUUUGGGAAGAGGUCGGGAUUAUGGAGAAAGGAAGGAAGAGAAUUCAGCUACCUCUUAAUUUUGGCUGUUCAGUUGCACCCUGACACCUUGCUUGUCAUAUUUGUUGACGUAAUUGAUGAAUGAUUGCUAUUAAUCGAUCAAAUAAUUAGCACAGAUCCAGUAUAUGCACUUGCUAUAAACUGCUUAUAAUAUAUUAAGAAUUACCCCAAAAUAUUUGGGAUGUACAAAUCUUGGCUAAAUGGAGUUUACAUCUAAUGUAUUAGGUCACAUCAAAUAAAAAUAAAUAAUUUAAAAAA